AUGGGAUUUUUGAGUGGUGUGCUUGGUGCGGUGAAAAACGAAAAUGAAGUGAUAACUUAUGAUAAUAAUCUUCAAACAAAGCUUAAAGAUGUACUAGACACCUUAAAUACUAAAAUUGGCUCCGGGCGUACUGGGCUUGCGGUGUCUGUCGGCGCGGUGAGGGAAUGGUUGGAGGGGUAUGAGGGUGAAGUAAAAAAGAGAACAGAAAAUGUUAAAAAACGUUUAAAUGCAUUAAGAACAAUAAUUGCAAACACUACUAGUGAAAUAGACAGUUUGAAAAAUUCUAAGCUGGAAACCCAAUUAAGCCACUGGAAGACAACAGUCGGAGAGAUGGACAAAUGGGUGGAAGAGACUGAGAGAGAACAUAUAAGCAAGUUGAAUGGCGCGUUGCAGGUCGAAAUAAAGCGGGAAUUAAAACCGAUAAAGACGGUUAUCAAUGUAUUGCAUGAGUCUGCGCAAAACGACCUGUUUCAGUGGCAGGCUGGGCAGGUUGAUAGCGUGCUGGUGAAGCAGAUGACAGAAAUAGUUACAGGAAUUAAUGACCUACGUGAAGAAAAGCAAAAACAUUUUAUAAGUAUAUAUGGGCGUUUAAAGAACGCCGAAGUUUUUCUGAAGAAUGAUCUGGAUAGGGAAUACAGGGAUGUGAUUACGAAGAAGUUUGAAAAUCUGAAAUUGCAGAUGGCGCAAAUCGAUCCUGAUAAUGUAUUAUUUGGAGCUUACAAUAAAAACUCACAAAUCUAUCAGGAAGUUAAUGAUAUUACGACAAAGCUUAGAACAACUGGUGAAGAGCUAAAAAGUAAUAAUGAUAAUCUCAAUGCGUGGAAAAGAGAAGCCGAAAAAGCCAUUUCAAAAGCAAAACAAAAGGUAACAGAUGUGGUGGACGUCCUCCAUGGAAGAGAACAACUAAAGGAAAAUAAUGUGACAAAACGUAUCGCUGUAGAAACCGCAGCAAAGGUGUUAAAUGAUGAAGCUAAGAUACUGAUGCGUGCCAUAGAAGCGGCUAAAGGCAACUUGAGUACAACAGUCGCCGCGGCGCAGAGUGCUAUUAGAGAUGUGGACGGUUCGCUUAAAGACGGUUUACAUAGACUGAAAACAGGUAUAAAUGCAGGUAUAAGGAGUUAUGUCCAAAAGCUGGCAGAUGCUUUUACAGCGGGGAUACCUAAGGCUGGAUGGUCUGGGAGAGAAGGGUUCAACGCCUUUAAAGGUGUUAUGAAGGGAAAUACGUUAAACUCUGAUAGCAAGUUUGGCGAGCAGUUGGAGGAUAUCGGUUUUUCGAAUCCUGAUCUUGCUCUUGCCAUAGAAACCGCACUGAAAUAUUUUAAUCAGCAAAAAGCGGCGUGGGAUAAGAAAUCCAAAGAUCUCGCGAGUGCUCUCACACAGGACCUCAACGACAAAGUGGAAGCAUUUUUGCCAAAAGAUAAAGAACUAGUUGGUUCCUCGGAAAAGGUUGGUCUAGAGCAGCUGCUUCCAUACAGUAGCAAUCACGGUACGGGCUCGAAGAAAGAUCUUGAUGCAAAGGUCAGGGCCAUUGAAGGCGUGGAUAAAAUACUUGACAAUAUCAAUUAUCCUGAAGGAAAGGGGAAUAAGCUUAACAUGAAGCAUAUAUCAGAGGCACACAAUGACAUAAGGAAGAAGUUCAAUGAAUAUACCGGUACUGUGGAAAAAUUACUGCACGGUGAUUUAAGUUUUUCCACGAAGGAUCAUCUUAAUUUUCAUCUGAUGAAGUUGAGCGCCAUGCUUACUGACAAUGUCACCUUAUACUCCGACGUUACGCAUGGCCUAGAAACAAUUCAUAAGGAACUUCAGGACAUCUAUAACAACGAGCUAUCUACAAAACCUGGAAAUAUACAAACCGUUAUAAACUCUGUUCUCACAAAAAUAAAGAAAUUAGAGGACAUUCCGGCAGACAUCGAAAAGAAAAAGGAGGAAGCUGUAAACAAGAUGGCUGAGUUAAAGGCAGAAGUUGAAACAUAUAUUGUUUUCAUCCGUCAAGCCGUUGAACAGGCUGAACGUGCGUUUUCGGAUGCCGUAAAUGCAGUGCUAAUAGCAGUCAAAUCAUCUUUCAACUUCAUAACAAUUCAGUUCCGCAAGUUCUUCGCAGACGGCCGAAAAGCCGACCAGGUGGCGCUCAAAAAGUUGGUGGAUGAACAGGUUCCCAUUAUUAAAAGCAUCAUUGAUGAUGACAAACGGAACGGUAUUAAAGGCCUGCUUAAGUGGCUGUAUGAUGCGAAAGGAAGCAGGCUUAGUCAAAUUGUAACAACCUUAGGUCCUCCCGCACAACCGAAGGAUUAUUCGGAGAAGUUCAUGACGCUGUCCACCAAAUUCGAGGACUACGCCGAUGUCAUAUUAGCCUACGUCGAACAUCAAGCCAUGACCCCCGGAAAAACUGCCAGCCUGCCCACCGACCAGUCCGAGAGGGUCAGAGACAUCAAGACCGUACUGGACAACUUGCUUGGCCACCUAACAAUCAAUGACACAAAAAUUCAUAAUUUCGACCACAUUUAUGUGUCUUAUUUGACUGCCCUUAAUGACUCUCUUAAUAAACUUUCUCCCACCUUCUCCUCCCCCUCCCCCCUCCUCGCCCCCCUCAAGGCCGGCCUCUCCAAAUUCGCCGAGCAACUCGGCCACGCGUACGUGAACAGGUACUCGGGUCAAAAAUACACUGCGUUAACUGAACAAAAACAGGUUCCUGAUCCUAAACAACCUGGCACCGACCAAAAAAUAACCGUUGAUGUUUUAACCCCUGAGGGCCGGAACUGCGCCAAGGUCUGCCUGACGAUAGUGGAGAUGGUGACCAAAAAUUUUGUAGAGUUGCAAGAUGAAUGUCAAGUCUACAAAAGUAAGCAAAUUAACACGUAUGAUGAUAAUUUAUUUGGCGAAUGUUUUACGAAACGUGGUUUCACGGUGACGUCCGACAAGGGUAGGCAGCACGGCGAGUUACAAGACAAGAGUGACAUGAACGGUAUUAAAGUCGAAAAGUUGCGUAAUAAUGUUAUAAGUAACGCCGCCAAUAAUGAUCUGUUAAAGAGGUGGAAACAAGCCAAAAAUGCGAAAAAUAAAGUACGUCCCACUAAAGGAACUGUGGAUAUAACACUCUUCGAUGUAAUAGACUUUCUGCAGGGUUACCUCGUCACGUAUUACAAGGUCCGUCACCUUCGCCAUAUCGAGAAGCCCGUGGCUCCGUCCAACGUCUAUCAAAUGCUACAAUGGCUCCUCGGUUUGUGGUACCAUCCGGUAUGUUUCCCAUUGAGGGUAUCCACUAUGGAGUUGUUCCCUAAGCCUAAAGGGAUGGAGGGGAAAACGCACAGAGAAAUAGGUUCCGCGAAUUUGAAGCUUGAAGCGUAUCCUCAUACUUUGACACCUAAUGGUUUUGCAACUAAGCUGCUGGAAAACGUUUGCUUAUAUUCAAAUGACGUAUUGAUUGCUAUCCUCGGCCACGGCCACGCAGGCGGCCGUUAUGCUUGCGACUUUUAUACUAACGAAGAUAACUUGGAUUAUCCCAGCAGCGCCGCUUUAUGUUUCGAUAUGCUCGUCGAUGUAUCGUUCAGAGUAUACGAACAGCUCUACUUCCUAUUCGUUCAGUGCUCACGUACGUACGAAUCUAACAGCUGGCAGGAGUGUUGGUAUGGCCAAGGUAUUGCCGGCUCAUCAUGGACGUGUAAUGAAAAGCAAUGUGGCAACCAAAACUGCCCUCAAUUGGCUGACCAAAAGGCCAACCAAAACGCUGGCCAAAGAGCCAACCAAAGUGCUGCCCUAACGUGUGACUUGCACUCUAAAUGCGGCCUAAAAUCGCCAUUGCAAUCAUUCCUUGAAGAUGGUCUGCAAGGUUUUCUUCCUCACCAAUUCGAGAAGCCAGGGUGCAAGUUGACAUGUACUGUGUCUAAACACGGCGGUAUCCCGUGCAAAACGCCCAUGGGUUUCUCGUAUAUAGGGAGUAUUUCAUCGCAUACUAAACAAGGUGAGCACAUUGCGAAAGCGCUUGAUGCAUUCUGCGGACAGGUGGUUAGUCCACUAAGCAAAUUUUGUGCCUACUUGGUGUGCCUGUUGCAACGCCCUCCACAAAACCUGAGUGACAUGUUCUCCUUCUAUAACAAUUUCCUCUAUGGGUGGGAAAAUGCUGGCAAAGAUCAUAGAAGUGAUGCGUUCGAUAGCGCUGUCACUAAGGCCUACUUUGGAGUUUCAUAUGAAGAAUUGGACCCAUCAUUACUGUUUAGUAGUAGCCAUUCCGCUGAACACAAAAGUCGUGACUUAUUCAGUCUCCUAUGCCACGGGGACAAUAAAACAGUGACCACCUGCGGCCGAUACUUGCAGCCUAUCAGCGCUAAUACAUGGACUUUGUUUUCCAAACAAAAUGGCGACAAGUAUUUGUCGUGGAUUGUCUACCUCUCAGAGUCCUUCUAUAAUUUGCUUGAUCAAUUAUACAAGGAGUGUUGCAAAAAUUGUACAUCUGCUGGAUCACGUUGCCACGGUAAAACCUGCGUCGCGGAUUGCAAAGUCAGAUCCCACUACGCAUCUCUGGCAUCUGCUGCCGAAAGCAAAACUCCUGCCCCCGCACCUACCGAUCACCAUCACAACCAGUUAUGCAAACCCAUAUCCCACUGUCCGUUCACACGUCCCACCUUCUGCAAGUAUGGUUUUGUAUUGAAAAGCCUAUCCAAUAUGAGCGGUGACAAUGGCGAAGAGACGAUGCGUACCUGCAAAGAUCUAUGUAACGCAUUGCAGAAGGUUCUGAGCGAUAAAAUAGAUGAUGGCGCUCCACUCGCGAAACUGGUACACGAGACGAUUCCAAACUUCCUCUUCAAAAUUCGGGAACCAUUCAUCUGGCUCAACGUCGCCCUCUGGCUCCUCUCUGUCCUGUACCUCCUCCACAUCAUGGUCAUCCGCCUCGACCUGCUACACAUCAAAUCGCAUUUGCAUAGUCCAUCAUCGCAUCGUAUCGCUGCUCAAUCCUUACUUGCUGCUGCACGUGUUAACAAGCUUAACAGAGUGUUUUACCUGCAACCAUAA